ACUCGAUAGUCCGGGGAACCACAUCAAAGGAAAUAAUCCAGAUGGCCAAAGACGUUGGUGCGGUCAGGCUCAUCUUCUUUAGCUUCUCGAAUGUAUACGGGAUUGAUAUGCCUUCGCGCGAAGAGUUAGUCGCAUAUCAUCGAAAUGAAGACGAGAUAGCAGCAGCUCUAGGCGCAGACCUGGUGAUCUACCAAACCCUCCCAGACCUUGUCAACUCUGUACGGCAAUUCAACACCCAGUUGGAUCAUUUCGAUUGCUCUGUGUUCACUGGAGAGUAUGUGACUGGAGAUGUAAAUGAGGAGUAUUUGGCAUGGGUGGAGUGGAGUAGAAGUGAGAAAGCUAGACUGACUGCCCCACGACCAGUGGAAGUGACAAGACCGGGUGUCAAUGGGAUUCAUCCCAAUGGAAGCAUUGUUGGAGGCUUGACUGUUGCUAUGCAAAAGUCGGCCCUAAUUGCUGCAGAAGAGGAGGAUAUGCAAAGGAGAGAGGCGAUGGCCAGCUGCUCAGGACCAAUGAACGGUGCUGACGAUAUUGUCGGUCUUCACAACACAUUCAAGGUUGGAUCACCAUAG